CCGAGUUACCGAACCUGAUGAUCGACUCUGUAUCCAUCGAUUGGCUGUGGAGAACAUUCUGUUCAUCAGAUACCGGGCACAUUCAGCUUCAGCAACAGGGCGUUGGGAACCAAAAAAGAUGAGCGCUCAACAUGUUUCACACCGUUCUUCUCCUUGAAACUGAUUGCACGACCUUCUCUUCAACUUCCCCAUCUUGAUUGAUUUCCGCAUCAGAAGCUACCGCAGUGCACGUACAUUUCCGCGCACAUCCUCUGUAGCUGCAAGAGCUUAAGUGCAUGAACCAUCAUCAUUGUCCAGGUAAUGGAGUUGAAUAAACUCGAAAACCAGACUCUACCAUCUAUCACUAGCAGCGCAGACGGGCGGAAAUGGUGGGCCAAUUUCGAGUUUUACCCGGAUGUAGUCACCAAUCGGAAAUCCAUCUUCCGAGGACUCAUGUACAGCGGGGAGAAUUACUACAGCCAAACGGAAUGCGCAGUCAAAUUCGGCGAACCUGAUGUGAAUGAGGAGGAGCUGAUUAAAUAUGUAGAGGGCAUCCGGGAAAUUCACCGACUGGCUGGUCUAUUUAAUGCAACCCAGAAAGGUGUAAAAAUAACCGUCCUCUUACCCUGUGUCGCAGUUAUGGACAAAGUUGCACCAUUUUAUAACCGUGUCUUCCGUAUGAUGCAGAAGAACUACACCCGGAUAAUAGCAGACGAUGACUGCAUCCUUCUUGAAGAGUGGGUUCAGGGUCACUACGUUCCGUUUGUUGACCCGGAAGGAAAUCCAAAUAGCGUUUGUCCUGAUGUCGUACAUCAGUUCGCUCAUUUUUGCCACCAUGAAACUAAAGGGCAACUUGUGGUGACAAACCUUCAAGGCAUCGAGAAAGACAAUGGUAUAAUUCUGUCCUCUCCCGUGGUCCACUCUGUCGAGAGGAAAUACGGACAACGCGACAAAGGGAUGACAGGAAUGGCAACCUUCUUUGAACGCUUUAAUAAUGCAUGUUCUGAAGGUUGCAAACAGUAUCUCUCCAACAAGGACAUUGCUUAUCCAAGCUACCCACCAUCCGUACACAGCACUGAGAAAGAAGCCCAGCUAAUUGCCAACAACACUAUCAAAAUCUCAGAGCCGCCCAGCUACUCCGCAAGCGAAGCACAAAAUGUCCAGAACUCCCCUCCCCCACCAUACGAUGAGACCCCUGCGUCCUCAAUAUCACCCCCCAAUCAGACAUAUUUCCAUCCAUUCAAUACACGCACGAACAAGGAAAUUCAGAUCAUUUGACAUCACGUCCCAAAAAACUGUCGGAAGCGCAAGAUCUCAGAUGUAAUCAUUUUGCACAAUUUUUCACAUUGAUCUAAUUGUCUCUUUUUAAGAGAGAGUGGGAAGACGGGAGGGGAGCUGCUUGUUUUGUGUUUGGUAGUUUUAACUAUGUUGUUAUUUCCAGAUCAUUUUUGUUUGGAAUGUAUUUUUAAUGUCUUGUAUAUAGUGCUUUAUGACCAUGUCUAGUUUUGGAUCAAUGUUAUGAUUAAAAUUCUUAGUUAAGUUUCGAGGAAAUGUGCAAUUAUUCAAAUUGAAUACACUUGUCUGUGGUAGUGAGGAAGAUUUUAUACAUACAUGCAUCUGUUUUCAUGAUAAAAAAUAUUUAUGCUUUAAAAAUAAAGUUACAAAGUUGA